AUGGGCGUCGUGUCAGAAGUCAAGCAUGAAGUCCAACAGAAACCUUUCGCCACAACGGCUCAAAUUGAAAAUGGAAUCCAUUCGGACGCCGAAAAAUCGAAUCUGCGCGCGGAAGCGAUGGAAGCGGAAAAUGCGGAAUAUUCAAUGACCGUCUUGCAAGCCGUCAAAGCGUAUCCUAUGGCUUGUCUUUGGGCGGUUCUGAUGAGCUCGACGAUUAUCAUGGAAUCAAUCGGUAAUUUUGUCGCUCUUCCCGCUUUCAAGCAGCAAUAUGGAAUUAUCGACCCAGCGACCGGAAACCACGUUAUUGCUACAAAGUGGCAGUCUGCUCUACAGGUGUCUGGGCAGCUCGGAGCGUUAAUUGGUGUUUUCAUUGCGGGGCCCUUAACCAGUCGAGUCGGCUACAGAUGGGCGACAAUUAUCGGACUCAUGGUUUUAAAUGGCAUGAUCGCUGUGUCGUACACUGCGCACUCGUUGCCUCAAUUCUUCGCUGGACAGAUCCUAGAGGGUCUACCAUGGGGUAUUUUCAUCGCAAACGCACCCGCCUACUGUUCCGAAAUUGUGCCUCUCCGACUUCGUGCGCCGGCUACUCAGAUGCUCCAAAUGUUCUGGGCUAUCGGGAGUAUCAUUGUCCAAGCUGUUAGCUUUGUCUACCAGGACUAUCCAGACAGGCGAGCGUACAGUUUCCCGACACCCCUGGCCAUCGCCAUGUUCCUCGCACCUGAAUCUCCAUGGUGGCUCGUCCGGCAUGGCAAAUACGAUCAGGCCGUCAAAUCUGUCAACCGUCUUGGACGUAAAUCCAGGCUCAACGCCGUGGACACCGUGGCUAUGAUGCGACGAGUCGUGUCGAUGGAGGCGACAACCAAAAAACCGAAUUACCCGGAGCUCUUCAAGGGUACAGAUCUCCGACGAACUUUGAUCGUCUGCGGUGUCUAUGCUGCCCAGAACCUUACUGGUAACCUCAUUGCAAACCAAGCUGUCUAUUUCUUUCAACAAUCUGGAGUCGGUGAACGCCUGUCUUUCGCCCUCGGUCUCAUCACCUCCGGCCUCCAGACCGUCGCCGUCAUCUCCUCAUGGGUUCUCACUACCUACUUCGGCCGACGACCUAUCUAUCUCUGGGGCUCAGCAUUCAACCUCGUCAUGCUGCUGUCUCUUGGUAUCGCCGCUUCAGUCCCAAGAACCCAUGCAUCGACUCUGGCACAAGCCUCACUGGGUCUUAUCACCAGUGUGGCUUUUACAGUAGCCGCUGCGCCCGCGUCUUGGGCUAUCAUCGGAGAGACCUCUGCCAUCCGACUCAGACCUCUGACCACUGGUAUUGGCCGUGCGACGUACUACAUCGUUGAGAUUCCGUGUAUCUUUUUGGGAGGCAAGUGCGGUUACGUCUGGGGAGGUACCGCUCUCAUUUGCCUUGUGGUGGCCUACUUCCAACUGCCAGAAAUGAAAGGCAGAUCAUACCGAGAAAUUGAUAUUCUGUUCAAGCGACGUGUACCGGCUCGUAAAUGGAGACAGACAGAGCUCUCGAUCAAUGACGAUCAGUAG